UACUCUUAUCUCAGACCAAGUUAUUUGAAUCCUCUCGUCCCUCUUAAUGACGUAAUGUUAUUAAAUUUUCAUUGACUUUUGUAGAUUAUUGUUUUGUUUGCCUUGCGUAAAGGCUGUUUGUUUAGUGUUUACAAUUUGAUAGACUCGAAUCAAACAUGGCACUGAAAGCUGUUGUUGGACAAAAGAUCAUGAAUGAGGUCAUUAAACAGAAGGGUGUUAAAAAAGGGGUUGACAAAGGUAUAGAAUGGCGUGUAAUGGUGGUUGACCAAUUGGCAAUGAGAAUGAUAUCCGCCUGUUGUAAGAUGCAUGAAAUAUCGGCUGAAGGAAUUACCAUUGUUGAAGAUUUGCAAAAAAAACGAGAGCCUUUGGCUACAUUGGAAGCUGUUUACUUGAUUACUCCUAGUGAAAAGUCAGUUGCUGCUCUUAUAAGAGAUUUCUCCAGUCCAGGAAAAUCUAUGUACAAAGCUGCUCAUGUUUACUUUACUGAGGUAUGUCAAGAAGAACUGUUUAAUGAACUGUGCAAAUCAAUUGCUGCCAAAAAAAUUAAAACACUCAGAGAAAUUAACAUCGCUUUCCUACCUUAUGAGCGUCAGGUGUUUUCUUUAGAUUCUCGUGAAACAUUUCAAUGUUAUUAUAAUCCAUUACUAGUGAGUAGUCGUGUCCCUAAUAUGGAACGCAUAGCAGAACAGAUUGCUACUGUUUGUGCUACAUUAGGAGAAUAUCCAUCUGUACGAUAUAGAAGUGACUUUGAACGUAAUGCUGAAUUAGCACAGAUUGUUCAGCAAAAAUUAGAUGCUUACAAAGCUGAUGAACCAACAAUGGGAGAAGGUCCUGAAAAAGCUCGUUCACAAUUAAUUAUACUUGACAGGGGAUUUGAUUGUGUAUCUCCUGUCUUACAUGAACUCACAUUCCAAGCUAUGGCUUAUGAUCUUCUGCCUAUAGAAAAUGAUGUUUAUAAAUAUGAAGCCACUGCAGGAGCUGCUCUUAAAGAAGUAUUGUUGGAUGAAAAUGAUGAGCUUUGGGUAGAGUUAAGGCAUCAACAUAUUGCUGUUGUAUCUACGAAUGUGACAAAGAAUUUAAAAAAAUUCAUAGAUUCUAAGCGUAUGUCAGCUGUUGGUGAGAGUAAAUCUUCUAUGCGUGAUUUGUCAACAAUGAUUAAGAAAAUGCCCCAAUACCAAAAAGAGUUAAGCAAGUAUUCGACUCAUUUGCAUUUGGCUGAAGAUUGCAUGAAAUGCUAUCAAGGUAAUGUGGACAGACUUUGUAAAGUAGAACAAGACUUGGCCAUGGGUACAGAUGCUGAAGGCGAGAAGAUCAAAGAUCAUAUGAGAUGCAUUGUGCCUAUAUUAUUGGAUCCAAAUACAUCCAGCAAUGAUAAGAUGAGGAUAAUUAUAUUGUAUGUUUUGUCUAAAAAUGGAAUAUCUGAAGAAAAUCUUAACAAACUGGUACAACAUGCUCAAUUAUCACCAGCUGAUAAACAAGCUAUUGUAAAUUUGAACUUGCUGGGUAUAAAUACUAUUGUGGAUGGUAACAGAAAGAAGCAGUAUCAAAUACCACGUAAGGAGCGUAUUACUGAACAGACAUACCAAAUGUCUCGCUGGACACCCGUGAUCAAAGAUUUAAUGGAAGACUGUAUUGAAGACAAAUUGGAUGCUAAACAUUUCCCUUUUCUUGCGGGAAGAGCUGCUUCAUCUGGAUAUCAUGCACCAACAAGUGCACGAUAUGGACACUGGCAUAAAGAUAAAGGUCAACAGUUAAUAAAGAACGUGCCCAGAGUAAUAGUGUUUGUGAUUGGAGGAGUAAGUUUUUCUGAAAUCAGAUGUGCCUAUGAAGUCACUAAUAAUUUCAAAAACUGGGAGGUUAUAAUAGGCUCAUCUCAUGUACUAACUCCAGAAGACUUCCUUAACAACUUGUCUGCCUUAAGUCAAUAAAUCUGUCCAAUUCUUCCGAGCAUUAUACUGUUAUGUUUUUCCAAAGUAUUACUUAAUGUAGCCUUAUAAAUCGUGAUUUUUUAAAUUUAGCCUAGAGUUAAAUACUAAUAAAAAAAAAUCUAGUACUUAUGGGUUUGUAAGAACUUAUCAGUAUUUUCAUUGUUUAAAAAUCUUUUUUUCCUAACAUUUUUAAACUAGCUUUUUAAUGCAAUUAAUUCAGUUUUAUUAUCACCAUAACGUAUUAUAUCUAUUUUAUAGUAUAAGUUAUUAUUUGUUAUUUAUUUAAAUUAAUAAUUUAAAAUUGUAUUUGUUAAUAAGUUAGUCAUUUGAAUAACUUUCAUCAUUAUUGUUAUAAUUAUUAUAUUUUACUUAUUAUAGUUUUAAAACAAUUAAAAAUAUACAUCAUGUAUGUUCUAGACGUAAUUAUUUCUUUUAACGGACAUUCCGCAUUUAUAUAAACAUUAACUUAUUAUUAUUGAAUUUUAUCACAUUUUUAACCAUUAUAUUAUUAAUAUAGAUAAUUAGAAUAAUUUCUGUAAUUUGAAUUAUUCAAAACAUUAGAUUCAUUUCAUAUUCAUUUGAUUUAAUUUUUUUUUACUAAUUUUACUUCCAGCUUUUACUAAAAAAAUGUUUAUUAUUGUCAAAACUAUUGUUUUUUUUUAGUACCUACUUAUCGAGCUUUUAAAUGUGUAUACCAUAUAUACAUACAUAGCCUCAAUAUUUUAAAGAAUUAUAGAUGUUUAUAAUGUAACCUUUUAUCAUUACAAUAUAUUAAUAUAUUAUUACAAUGGGUUCUCUUAUUUAUACCACUCAUUAAUGGAAUUUGCAUAAAUGUUUUAGUAAUAUCAUUCGGAUUCAAAAUAUUUUGUUCUUAUUAAUGUAAACUAUUUAUUUUAUUAUGUUAUUUUAUUCAUUUAUCUAUCUAUUUAAUCUAUAGUAAUUGUUUAUUGUUUAGGUAAAACACUUUUUUUUAUAUAUAUUAAAUUAUAAUUAAAAUCUUAAUUAACAGAUAUUUAAAUUCAAUGGAAAAUUACUUUUAUUUUUAAUGAUUUCAGAUCUUGUACUAAGUAAGAAUGUAAUAUUAUGUAGAAUGUACAUAAUAUGUAUAUUUCUCAAGUUUUAGAUAAUAUCUUAAUAUUUUCGAGUUAAUCUGUCUUCUAUUUUAUUUUAUUGUCUUUUAGUCAGAUUAGAAAAAAGAAGACAUUUUUAUUGAAUUUGUAUUAGGUAUAUAAAAUUUAAAUGUUUGAAAUAAUUGAUUUUGCUCCUAAUUUGUUUACAUUCAUUAAUUUAUAUAAAUCUAAAAUCAAUAAUUUCUUAUUUUAUUGAACUUUAAAAUAUAUGUAUUUAACAGGAUUUAACUACUUAUUUCCAUAACAUAAAAUUGAUUAAAAUUUAAAAACAUUUGAAUAGUAAAAUCUAUGAUAAUGUAUGUACAAUUUAUAAUUUAAUAACAAGACUCAACUUGAAUCUGUAUUUUAAUUUUAGUUUAUUUUUAUUUAAAAUAGUUUCAGAUGAUUCAUAAGUAGUUAAAUGUAGGUAAUUAAUAAUAUUUUAUGUGAUAUUAAAUAGUUUGUUUUUAUUGAAAUUUAAUAUAAAUUUAUUAAAAUUAUAAUAGAUAAUAAUAUAUUGAUAAUAAAUGUUCUGAUGUUAAAUUCGUACCAUCUAUUUUAAUUAUUAAAUAUAUACUUAAUAUUUUAGUACCAACUGUCAUUUACUAUUUUGUAUACCAGGGGUCACCAAAUGGCUUAGAUAAAUUUUAUCUAGCCUGUAAAUUAGAAAUUUUUUUAAAAAUAUUUUUUCUUGUUCACUUCAUUUGGAUAACAUAAACAUAACGUUUUGAUGGUCUCCUAAUACUUUCUGAAUUCAAAAUCUAACCUAAAGUGGCCUUCAAAAAAUAUAUAGAUGAUUCCUGGUAUAUACUUAGAUGUGUAAUGUUUCAAUGAUUCCUAGCUAGAUAAUUAUUUGAUUUGUUUAAUUUUUAUGAUCCCUAAAUUUUAUUUUAAAAUAAAGAUAGAAUGAUUAAAAAAAUGUA